AUGGUUUUAGGCAAAGCGAGUUUAAUGGAAUCGCCGGAUUUGUUUUAUUAUUUCUGGAAGGUGAUCAAUUCAAUCCUUCUACUGAUUGGCCCCGGAAUGGCAGCGCGACAGGCAGUUGAUGAAAUUUCUACAGUAGCUGGGAACGCUCUUGGAAAAAUUAGGAAUAAGCCAACCAUGCAGCAGAUCCUAAUUGGUGCCGCGUCUGGGCUAGCUACCGGCUACGUUUUGACUAAGGUCGGUAAAUCAGUAGCUUUUUGUGUAGGGGUAUCAGCAAUUGGUCUGCAGUUUUUCGUCAAUCAUAAACAAGGUAAUGAAGACUGGAAAAAGCUAGAGGAUGACGCUCGCGAGGUACUUGAAAAAGUCGUCUUGACUGCUAAGCAGGGAGAAUCAGGUUUUCUUUGGGUCCUUCUGUGGUGGUUUCCUCAUCGGGAUGUCAUUCUCGUAGCUGUUCGCCAUUCUGACCGGAAUAAGCCUUCCGACUUCGGAUUUCACAGCUCUUUGCAACUCUCCAAGUUUGCACUACCCUUCUUUGUGUACCGCUGUGCUGGGGUGGCGUGGGGUAUUGGGGGUGGUCCGGUUUACCAACUAAUUGGUCGUGUUCGGCAUUCGUGUGGUUGUUGUCUUUCUUUGAGAAACGCGAUGCUUCAUGAACUCCAUGACGCAUUAUCGAAGAGUAAAAGGUACGAGCAAAGGUACAAAUGUAAAGCACCCUGCUGUUCUGGGUUCACUUAUUCGCUCGAUACACCGUGUACCCUUUGCGGGAAGCCGGUUUCCGUGAGCGGCGCAUCAGAAAUGAUACAAGUUGCCACAGAAAGAAAACACGUGGAACAGGUCGGCAGUAAAAGGCGUCUCAUGGAGAUAUCCGUGAGUGUUUCGGAUAACUCAUGCACAUUCCCACUGGCUGUUGUAAGCCUCGGCAAGGCAAACGUUUAUGACGCUAAAGAAAAGUUAUGCACUAUAACAAGUAGAUCCAUAUCUUUCGGGGCCAACGUCCAUGGCGUCUUCGUUCCCCUCUCCGUUAAAUCCGAUGAGGUUGAGGAGAUACUCUUUUGCGAACCGCUUAAAGUUAUAUUUUUGAUUCUGAAUGCCACAAGCAUGAAUCGUGUUUCCGCAUCUCUAGGCAUUGCUCAUCAUUGUAAAGAUGAUAAGAAGAGACGUGUUGUUAUCGUCCUCGAGGAAAAACCGCUUCGAAAUCCGUUUGAUUGUAAUGUUGUCCCUCGUUGUUUAACGUCACCUCAGCUGGAAGCGUUUUGUGCUAAUGUUCGGCUGACGGGCGGUGUCUCCAUGACCGAUGUGAAACCCUCCACUGCUCAAAGUAUUUUAGUAGCAUUCGGUCUACGUCUCACACGCAACCAUUCAAACGAGACCACCCAUGCAAUUUCUACGGUGGAUCUUUCCGCAAAUACUCCAUCUGAUUGUUCGGUUAUUCAACAUUCGUCUAGUACGGUAAAUUCUGAGCCUGUUGGGAGUACUCUGGUGUCGCAUGCACUGCAUCCUAGUGGAGCUGGAGAUUCGGAUAACCUUGUGGUUUUAAGUGACGAUGAAUCUGUCGGUAAAAAUGAUGACAGUAAUGAUCCUUCUUCCAACAUUAUGCUCGAACCCACCUCUGCAGUUGAAGCUGCCUCUAUUAACGGAAAAGGCAGCUUUAUCUACCAUCCACCUGGGUCGAAAGAUGGCAUCCUUUUAACCGAAGCCGAUGUUGAUUGUCUCUCGCCCGGCGUCUUCCUUAAUGACACAAUCAUCAACUUCUACUUAAAGUAUCUAUACUUCGAACAAUUUUCACCCCUGCAACGUCACGCCACGCACCUUUUCAACUCAUUUUUCUACUCACGGCUCUGCUCUGUUCACUGUGAUACCUCUCUGAGCCUCGAGUCUGCUGAUGAAGAUCUUCGGACGUCUCGGCAUGCUGCAGUGGCUAAUUGGACGCGACGGGUGGAUAUCUUCACGAAGGACUACAUCAUAAUUCCAAUAAAUGAGAAGUACGUUUUUUGUUAUGUCGUUGGUUUUCACCCUCUCCUUUCUAGUCUACACUGGUUUCUGGGUCUCGUGUGCUAUCCUUGGAUGGUCGGAAUGGUGAGCUACACCAAACUCUACGCGGACUACAGCUUUGAUCAAUGCCGUCUAAUACCCGAUUUUGCAGACACGAACAAUGUCGAGGCUUCUUUUGGUGAUGUUGGCAUUGAGGAGGUCAAGAAUUUACCAACGGAUGAGCGAGGUGACGCUUUUGACAGAUGGCGACGUAGACGUCUGGCCUGGUUGCGUGGAAGAGGUAUCAAUGCUAUGCCCUGCAUUCUUCUCUUUGAUUCCAUCUCCGCUCAGCAGCGUAUCGGGAACCUACAUAUUAUCCGGAAUUAUUUGCAGGCGGAGUGGGACGUUCGAAGGAGGGAGAGGGAUGGUGAUAUGCUCUUUAACAAGGACACUGUCCGUGGAUUUAGCCCUCGUGUUCCAGGUCAGAGCAACCUGGUGGAUUGUGGCAUUUUCCUACUGCACUAUGUGGAGAUGUUCUUCAAGAGGCCUCUAAAAAGCUACACACGUGAAUUUUUCCAAAAUGAAAUGAGCCGGUGGUUUGAAAGCGAGAUGCUGGGAAAAAAGCGGUCUGUUAUUAGCAAACUUAUUGAGCAAAUUUCGCGGCGAUCUUCAAAGUCCGACCAAAAUCCAUGCAAGCGUCCAAUCCCUACGUAA